AUGGCUGAAGAAACUAGGUGGUGUCGAAUCUGUAGGAAAGAGAAGCCGAACGAUGCGUUUCGGGCGCCUGAAGGUGCAGGGAAGGACUUUUACAAAAUGUGUGAGCCUUGCCGCACAAAGUACCGAAAUGUGCGUAUACCACUUGUCCAGAUGGGCAAAAGAAGAUCGCGAGUUAAAAGGGCGCACGCAAACAGGGGACGAGCUUGGCCGUAUUAUCUUUCCGAGCCAGCACCCCAAACUAGCAUCGACCUCACCAACUCAGAGACGCGAGUUACCUCGGAAGCCACCAGUGCCGCACAAACUACCCCCAUGCCUGAGCAACCGAACUGUAUGCACGCAGAUUCUGGCCACCACAGUCGAGUCACAGUUGCACCGCCCGUUGUCGAAAGUUCUGCGCAAAGCACAACAACUACCACUGUCAUCACCAUCUCAACCACCACUGUCUCUAAGAAUGUGACGGAGACCUUAAACAGACCAGCGGAAGACGCAAAGUCUGCACAAGAUGGCAUCCAGCAGGUCAAAGAUGAAGACCUAGAGUCACUUUCGAGUGGACCCGAAUCCGAGCAGCAAAGCGAAAUCGGCGCAGGCACGAACCAGCUCCCUGAAUUCUUUGGCUGUCUGCAUUGUGAGAAGCUGCGCCCAUGGCCCAUGGCAGGACUUCACAUCUGUUUGUUGUGCAUUCGGGACUGGAAGUGGUGUGCGAAGGGCGCCCACAAUCAAGCCAAGGCAAGCUUCAUCUGGGAUGGUGAGGAGCAUAAUGAGUGCUAUAUGUGUCAUUUUGCAGGCAUCUAA